AUGACCCCGUCGAUUUUUAGCGAUUCACGCCCUCAAUCCUCCAAGGUUUCGGCUCUUAGGUCAAUUCUGCCUUCUGGCGGACACAAGAGAAGCAAAUCUGCCUUUGAAGCAGCUGUUCGAGGCGGCCCUGUCCAUCAAAGUAACCCUUUGGCUGCCAAUUGUCUGCUACCAGCAGACCACCCCCACUACCGCCCGCAACAACAAUACCAGCAGCCUUAUCCAGAUCGUGAGGCAAAUAGGAAUGCCUCAAAUUCCCGGGCUCCGUUGCAGGACAACUCAAACCCUCCUGGAAAGGCCCUCCACAAGAGAUCUAAGAGUACCUUAUCUCUCAAGUCCCUCCUAAAGGAUAAAGGCACCAAGGACAAGGACAAAGACAAGGACCAGGCUCUGAAGGAACCAGUAAAGCAAGAAGCAGCUCCCAGACGGUCCAAACCAAAGAGGACAAAGUCGUCGACAAGCUUGUCUUCGCUCUUCAGGAAGCACCAGUCUCGCCAGAAGGAUAACGAUUCCGGAUCCAGGGAUAAGGAGAAUUUCUCUCCUACUGAUAUCUUCGAUGACGCUGCUUCCAUCGUCCCCAGCGUUUAUACUGCACAUUUGCCUCCGGAUAAUGGCUCUGGAUCCCGCUAUGUUCCAGAGAACAGACGGACAGUGGCUGAGGAAAUGUCACUAUACACUCCACAGGGAUACUCGCCGUCGAAGCAGAGAAACUUUCACGACCACCAUCAACCUAGUCUUACCCGUUCUGACAAGUCUAGGCGCAAAUCUGAAUCUAUUCCUUCAACUUCUGCCGGCGUUAGGGAAAUGCUGGCUACUGGCCGUAAGCCAAGUCCUCUAGGCCCACACAACUCUAAUCUUCCCGAGCGGAAGAGCAGCUCCAGCAGCAACAACUCUCAAGCCUCAUCCAAAUCCAAUGAGGCUCUAGCAAAACGCAGAGUCUCCAAUGGCCGCCGAAGCUCUCGGGUCAUGGCUGCAAUUGCGGCCUUCAAUGCUAAAGACCAGCAGUCCGCUACUCCUAAGCAGAAUGACCCCAAAGCUACCGCCAUUGAGAAUGCAUUCGAACAGCUUCUGGAAUCUCGAAACAUCCCUCUCAACAUGCGUGAUAAAAUGAGGGCUCUGGACACUAAUAUCAAAGCAGACUUUGUGAACAAGCAUGAAAUGACACCAACUACCCCCUCUGGCACCAGCCAGAAGAAGUUUGGGUUCUUCAGCAGUGACAAGGAGGCCGAAAAGGGCGCUGAUAGUGGAUCCCGCAAAUCUGCAACCAAGACUCGCGCUCGGAGCCGCACUUUCACCAAAAAUGAUUCAUCUAACUCAAAGAAAGGUAAAGGGGAAACCACACCUUCAAAGCGGCCAAAGUCGGUCGACUUUUCUAGACCAUCAAGCUCUUCUUCUCGAGGCAUAUCCGCCACUGUGCUUAACUCUUUGCAGUAUAUUCGCACUCCCAAGGAGACUGAUGAACCAUCAGACUUUGUCCACUACCUUAAAGAAGUGCAGAAACCAGAAAUAGUCGAAAUUGCCAAACUACACAAGCUUCGUAUCUUGCUACGAAAUGAAACUGUGGCCUGGGUCACUGAAUUCAUGUCCUGUGGAGGCAUGGAUGAGCUCAUUCAAUUGCUCUACAGAAUUAUCAAAGUAGAAUGGAGGGAGGAACAUGAAGAUACCCUCAUGCACGAAGUUCUACUUUGUCUCAAGGCACUAUGCACAACUACAACUGCGCUCAACCACAUUCGCUCCAUAGAGAGCCAUCUUUUCCCCACAUUACUUAACAUGCUUUUCGAUGACGAAAAGAAAGGUCCCAGCGAAUUCAGCACUCGCGGGAUAAUCAUCAGUUUGCUGUUCACUCUCUUAUCCAAUGCUGGUCCUGGUGAACAGGUGUCUCGCGCGCAUACCAUACUAUCCUAUAUGCGCGACCCAGCACCACCAGAGACAGCUCAACCACUCUCAUUUAUUGCAGAUAUCUACCAGCCUCGACCAUACCGAGUCUGGUGCAAAGAAGUGACAAACGUUACCAAAGAAGUUUUCUGGAUGUUCCUACAUCACUAUAACGUUGUUCCGGCCACGUCGUCGUCGGAAGAUGGCUCCGUUGACCCAUCUCAGCCCUAUUCGGAACGCCACUUCCCUCCACCACACCCCCCUGUCCCUGCAGCCCCGUACAUCGGAGGCGUGGAAUGGGAGGCCACGAGCUACCUUGCAAACCACCUAGACCUCAUGAACGGUAUCAUUGCUUCUAUGCCGACAGCCGAAGAGCGCAACAGGCUGAGAACGGACCUGAAGGCAUCUGGCUUCGAAAAGGUCAUGGGAAGGAGCCUCCGCACAUGCAAGGAACAGUUCUAUCCCGCUCUCCACGCUGGCUUGAAGGUUUGGGUUGCCGCCGCCGCAGAAGACGGCUGGGAUUAUCAGUUUGUCCGCGAAGGCCCUCCGAGAGACGCACCUCCCAGCAGCCCCAUCAAGACAGCCGGUAAUCAGAGUCCGAAGAAGAGACCAGGAAUUGUGAGCGAAGCUCCCCCACGCCUAGACUUGAACGUUGGCGUUACAAGCCCCGAUCAGAGAAAGUCAAGCGGUGAUUGGCUAUGA